AGUCAAGAUGGCGAACAAAAUUUUGGAAAGAUAAUUAUCGACAACGUUUCCUAAUAUAUUGAGUGAUUUAGCCAAGAGAAGAAUGAGUUUCCAAAGACCAACUGGGGGUAUGCCGCAAGGUUUCAGUAUGAUGCCAGGAACACAACCAAUGAUGCAACAACCUGGAAUGAUGCCACAACCUCUGCAAGUUGGACAAAUACAAGGUAUGAUGGGUGGCCAAAUGCAAGGUGGCCCAAUGCAAGGAAGACAAAUGCAAGGUGGUCAGAUGCAACCUGGUCAAAUGCAAGGGCAGGGAAUGAUGGGUGGACCAAUGCAAGGAGGUCAAAUGCAAGGAGGUCACAUGCAAGUUGGACCGAUGCAAGGUGCUCAGAUGCAAGGUGGCCCCAUGCAAGGUGGACCAAUACAAACUGGCCAGAUGCAACAGGGGACAAUGGCAGGAGGCUUUCCGCCUCAGUUUGGAGCUUCUGGUCAACAUAACUUUAGACAUGGCAUGCCCCAGAUGAUGCCUGCUGGUAUGGGGGGACAGGCACCUGGUAUGGGGGGACAGGCUCCUGGGUUGGGAAUGGCACCCAGGAAUGCACCCCCUGCAUAUACCCCACAGAUGGCGCAGAAUUUCAGAUCAAAGAAGAAUUUUCCUCAGCGACAACCAGCACCUGUUGACCCGAAACAGCAACUUAAAGAACGCCACUUCCAAGAGCAGCAAUCAAAGUUGAAGCAUUUUCACAAUAUAAGCAGUAGUCAUAGCGAUGCAAGUAAGAUGAUCGAGGCCAUAGUCGGCAAAGUUGAAAGCCCUCGGGACAGAUCCGGGUCACAAAAUUCCACGCCAAGAGAAGAGGCACAGGAAGUUCAAAUAGCUAAUGAGGCUGAUGAUUUUGGCGACUUCCUUUCCGGUCCUAGUAUCCCAACCUCAGCUGUGGCUCCACCUAUACAGGACACGAAUGCAGGAACUAAUGUUGUUGGCCAAUCAUCUACUCAAGCUGUCCAGGAUCCCAGUAUGGAAAAACCAUCAGAUAAAAAGGAUCUAAGAUCGAUGAUGCUUGAAUGUUCCGAUUUGAGUGUGCCAAAUAAGGCUAAAGGUUUUGUGAAGCCGGCAUUAAGCGAGGUCCAACCAAAACAUGUUAAACACCAGACAUUCCAUGAAAGCAAGGCAGCAAAGAAAUGGGAUUACAACACGACAGAAAACCUAAGCGACCUCUUUGUUCUGGAAAAACCAAUAGAAAGUGCCCCUGUUGUUGCAAAACCUGAACCCAAGAAGCCCCAUGCUGCAGUGCCACCUAGUGGUCCCCCUAAAUGGCUCAUAGAGGGCACUGUUCCAAUAGUUUAUGAGCAUGUUUACGAGGCCUCAUUGAAGGAUGAUAAGAUAGACACAGGUCUUGUGUAUCCCAUCUUGUUACGUAGUGGACUACCUCGGGAAGCACUUGGCCAUAUAUGGGCACUCGCAAACAAAGAGACCCCUGGGCAACUGAACAAACAGGAACUAUUUAUGAUUAUUGCAUUAAUAGCUGUAGCACAGAACAAUAUAAAUGUGACAACAGUUGAUAUUCUCGCAAGGUGCCCUCAAGCCCCUGUUCCAAAUCUUGGACAGCAUGCUGCCCCAGCUGCCAGCAGUGUGCCCUCUAGUGGGGCCCCUGUUAACAUGUCAAUGGUUAGUGGAAUGGAUACUAGUGGUGCACCAAGUUCACAAAUGGCUAACGCUUUUCCACCACACAGUAUGCCCGCUUCUCAAUCUGGAAUACUCUCAACAGCUAUGCCAGCUGCACCAUCAAACAUAGCUCCAGGGCAACCAGGUACAGCUCCAGGGCAACCAGGCAUAGC